UUGCUCACUUUGCCUAUCGAGCUAUCUGAUGACGAUACGAACAACAAUGAACCUCAAGAGCACGGCUGUGCUCAGCUAACUCGCUCAGCUACUUGACAUAGCCUGCCACAUGCAUCAUCAUCACCUCGGGUCCACGUAGAACGUGAGGAAGCGCUCAUGAAUGAUUAUACCAGCCAAAAACCGAGCCCCUCCUGGCCGCUCGCUUCCCGCUCUCAUUCUCGUCUUGCUCACAAAGAGUGCGAUCACCACGCCCUUUGGGGUCAAGCGUAUUGCUGUAUCUGCCUGCGGCGCACAGCUUAGAGGCGGAGAUGGCGUGGUUUACCGAUCCUUGUCGAAGAAUGACUAUCAACAAACGAGAUCCUGCCUGCUCUGCGCAUGGGUGAGCGCAAUGUGUCUUGUACAACUCUAAGCAUCUCGCGGAUCUACCAGCUGUGAUGAAGUCACCGUCGAACGCAAUGUCCUUGCUCACCCACCAAAUGUUCUGAGAUUGACGAGCGGUAAGACGAUCGGAGACGUUGCAGUCUGGAUCUGCUCGCAGCGCGCUGACGCACGGAGCCUGGCUACGAACGCUUAGGAGCCUAGGACACGCCUGCUGAGUCGCGAACUACAGCGCCUUGUGGCUGCUCAGGGACAGGCCGCUUUCGCCUCGUCAGCAAGUCAGUCCACGCAGAGUCAGAAGGGGCGGGCCGAUCGCGUCCUGUGCGAAUGCG